CGGCGUUGUAGAUCCAGACAGACCAGAGGACAGAGUGGACAAACUCUCUCCUUUCUCGGCUUUUCCUUUCUCCUUUUUUAAGCAGCAGUUACAACCGCGUCUCCCGAUAUUUCUAGUGUCUACUCAUAUCCUUUGUCCUCUGCCCAGAUCAGAGCGUUCCCAAGUCAGACAGUAGCGAGAGGAAGGCAAGAACAGCAAUGGAGAAGAGGCUGCUGACAUUGGCGGCGGUGCUAUUCGCCAUGGUCGCGGUGGUGCCGGAAGUUUCUGCUACGAGAUGGACUGUUGGAUCCAAAAUGGGGUGGACUACCAAUGUCAACUACACUAUCUGGGCUCAGAAUAUCACGUUCUACAAUGGCGACUGGCUCUUUUUCGUGUACGACAGGAACCAGAUGAACGUGCUGGAGGUGAACAAGACUGACUAUGAGAGCUGCAAUGCCGACCACCCACUCAAGAACUGGACCAGAGGUGCUGGAAGAGAUGUGGUUCCACUCAACGUGACUCGACACUUCUACUUCAUCAGCGGGAAAGGGUUCUGCUAUGGAGGCAUGAAGCUUGCCGUUCGUGUCGAGAACAUGCCUCCUCCACCAAAGGCUUCACCCGUCAAGAGUGGUGCUCCUUCCUCCAUUCUCAACCGGCCCUAUGUCCUGCCUGCAGUUUUCGCCAUUGGAGCAAUGUGGGAUGCUUUUGUCCACUUCUGGUAGUGAAGUAAAUUUAUUCUUCUUUCUUAGCAGUACCUACAUUGAGGAUGUAACAACACAACCACCACCACCAUCACUGAUGAAAUGGCAUUGGUGGUGAAAUUUGAGCACUUCCCUCUGCAUUAUUUAAUUUGUUUACUUCAACCUUCUUUUUGUUACUUAUCUGGGUGAUGCUGUGUCUAGUGUUUAUUUAUGGUGUACACUGACUUGAAAGGCAGGAUCUGUUUUGUUGAUGUUCUAGUUGAGCUUUCUGCUCUGCUGUGUGUUUUGUAUGAGAGUUGUGGAUUAAUUGACUUCACCGUGCUAAUGAUCUGGUGUUUGUGAACAAUUGUUGGGUUGUCACUUGAAUACAGGGCAAAUCUGGUUUGGCCAUUGAGGUAUCAACAUUGAUUUGCCGUUGUAGUAGGGUUCUUGUUGAUUAUGGUGAUGUGUCUGAAAUUUGCUUGCAAUGGAGGUUCAUGAAUGAUCAUGGGUGUGACUAUAGUGAAGGGAUCAGAG